AUGCUGCAGAAGGGCACUCAGUCCUACUUGGCGGGCGCCGCGUUCUUGAAAGCCAAUUGUCUCCAGGCCUUCCGGAGGAUUUUGACCGGUCCGCUGGACGACUUGGCCGCCAGCACCUCCCGCAUGAUGAUUGCCCUCUCCAAGUCUUGCUACGGUGUGCACGUUCACAUGCUGGAUAUCUUGGAGACGGUGCUCGCGGCCAUCGGAAAUCCGGCCUCUGGGUCCUUGAGAGUCAUCUCCCUCUCGGAGCUCUUCGUGGCUUUGAGUGAUCAGCGAACUGUCGAGGUGCUGGGCGGGAUCAUCGAGUUGCCCAACAUCAUGGCCUUCCUGGGCCUGGCGCGCUCCUCCGUGGCCGCCCGUCGCGAGCUGGUGCAGAAGUGGCUGGAGAACUUUGGUUCCUCCCUCUAUGAGCUGGAUGAGGUGUCGGAGUCCUUUGCGAAGAGCACCCUGGAGGGACUUCUGUACGUCUCCUCACGUUCGACCUUGGAUCCGGACGAGGCCACGGACUUCCGCAAAGCCCUGUUUAGCCUCAUUUUGAAACGUGUCGAGACCUGGAGGAAUUCCUACUUCGGUCCUUACGAGUUCCUCUCCGAGACGGUGAUGUCUUCCUUGGUGCCCAUGUGCGAGAUGCAGCCGGACUUGUGCGGCGCACUGGUGGCCCUGUUCCAUAGCUUCAUCACGCACGGUGAGACGAGGUUGUUGGAGCGUGUGUGGGCUGGUGGUUUCGUGCCAUGGCUUUGCAAACGCUUGGGCGACAAGUCGAAGAUUCAGCUGGCGAUGGCGGAGCGAGAACCCUUGGUGGUGGAAGGUGGCUCCAAGGAGAUUCCGCGCGACGUGCCGCACCAAGUCGCGAAAGGUUGGGAUCGCCACAAGGAUAUGGUCAGCAUGCAAGCGAUGGUGGUGCGCAUCGUCACCGAGCUCUACAACCUCUUCCCCGCCGACUUCGGGGCCGCGGUGGCCAAAGAGGAAUCCUUGGUGCGAAACUUGCGCGAGCAUGUGACCUUCUACUGCCAACAGACCGACUGGCCCAUGAAAGAAGACAAGGAGGUGACAGAUGCUGUGGAAGCGAUCAUGUGCUAUGAGAUGCAGCUGGCCCUGCGACUGGUCUACGACAUCAACGAAGACUUACAGCGGCUGCUGGUGCAACAGGGUCUACUGGGCGUUUGCUGCACCAUCCUAUUGCCAACCCCCAAGCGGCAACAGGAGAUGCGCGCAGCCAUUGGAGAAGAGAGGAGCCGAGUUUGUGCGAAAUGGCGUCAAACCGAUCUGGACCGCUGGUACAGCGCCGCCUUUGGAAAGCGCGCCCCGCCCCGCAGCGUGGUUGCGCUUUGGAGCCUCCCUCUACGCGACUUGCGCUUUACCUGUUGGCCGGGCUCUCGUCGAGCGAGGAUUGUGACGGCCUUGCGCGGGGGCAAGAGCCUUGCAGAUUUUGAGAACCUCGAGGCGAAUAUCAAAUCAGCCAUUUCGCCAGAGGCAAAUGCUUUCUUGAGGAUCCUCAAUAUCCUGGGAGAGCUGAGCAAGACGGACGACGCCCCAGACACAUCAACCAAGGAAGGUUUGAAAGAGCUUGUUUUGCGCCACAUCCAGGCUUCAAAGUUGGACAUUGAUGAGGUCAAAACCUUGCCCGGCUUCCAGAAUGCCGAGGCUGUGCUUGGCAACUUGAAGUCAACUUUGGAGAAGACUUUGUCGGACUUGCGCCAGAAGCUUGAAGCCCAGAAAAUUGCUUUGAAGCCCAUCUUUGAUGAUUACUUACAAUGGAGCUCUAGCCUCGCAAAACCAGGCCUUCAGCCCAUUGCGGAGCUGGAGAUGAUGGCUCAAACCCUUGUGCCGUUCAAAGACGACUUCAAGCCCGACGUUGAGGGUGGCAGCGCAGAUUCCCUCAUCGCCUCUUUCAAUGAAUUCGUGAACUUGGGUAGUCUUCUUGGUCAAGAACUAUCUCUGACCGCAGCUUGCUUGAUCGGAGCUGAUUUGAGCACAACCGAUUUGAGCAAAGUUGAUAUUGUCAAACAAGUGGCGGGAUUUUACCAGUAUUGCCAGUCACACAAUUUGAGCAAAAAGGUCCUGCCCAAGCCAUUGGUCGAGCGCUUGGACAAAAUUGUCAAGGACUGA